AUGUGCAUGAAACCUGCUCACUUCCAGCAGAAGUCAAGACCUCUACCUCCGUUUUUUGACAAGCUCGAGCUUCAAGCAGCAAUGGCAACGCAAACACGUCCAGCAAAUGGCUUCGACAUCCAAAGUUUCGUGAAGGCUGCGUGUAAUUGCAUAGCUGUAUCACAAACACGGCAGGAAAGAGUGGAGCGAAUCUUUGCUAGAGCACUGGCGCUAAUGGAAGAAACAAGAAAACAGAAGUUCGUACUCACAAGUGGAUCAAUAUCUGUUGUGCUAUACACGUUACUGUGCAAACAAGUUAGAUGGUCACUAACGGAUGAUCGCCGCAAGCACAACGACCGAGUCGUGAAAAGUGCGAUAGGCAAAUCGAAGAUAAGGCAUGCAAGACAUGAGGUAUGAACGUCGACAAGUACUAAACUGCGAUAUCCUGACGGUACCCUAACAACGACUCCACAGGAAGCCAUGGCCAUUGCUACUAAGUUCUAUAACGACCUCCACAGAUCACGUGAUGGUCCCUUCGUCUUCUCAGCGAUCGGCUCUUUGGGUCGUCCGAUAACAGCAGAGGAGCUUCGUAAUGCAUGUAGGGGAAUUCGUGGAAACACUGCGCCGGGAGCUGAAGGAAUCCCAUCUGGGGCGAGGAAGCAUCUGAUACAUUUAUGCGCGGAAGACCUUGCAAUGCACUAAACCACCAUUUCGAGGUCAAUGAGUUUCCAGAAAGUUUCACGACGGCAGAGACGAUCCUCCUCUAUAAAAAAGGCGAUCCAUUGAAUAUCAGUAACUACAGACCAACCUCUCUCCUAUCGACUGUCCUCAAAGUUCUAACCCGCGCACUGGCCCGUCGUGUGGAAGAAGUGGCUAUGGAGCUCGUCCCUGAGGAACAAGCUGGCUUUAGACGUAACUUCUCCAUUCGUGAUCAUAUCCUGUCAGUCAACUUCUUGAUGGAAAAAUGUAACGAAUCGAGAAAACCACUCAACAUGGCCUCCAAUGACUACCGGAAAGCUUUUAAUACAAUCGAAUAAAAAACAUUUGGAAGGCACUGGAGAAGUUUGGAGUGGAUGACUGCACAGUUAGAAUGAUCAAACAAGUGUAUGCAGCUGGACGAUCGUUUUUGGCCUUGGGCACGAUGGAGAUGGAGAUAGACAUACAACGUGGUGUUAGACAAGGCGAUUCUCUAUCCCCACUUUAUUUAUUUUGACACUUCAGUCGUGUCUCGAUGAAAUCGACUGGUGCGACCGAGGCUACCCCAUUGAACACGUUCGCCUUAACUAUCUUGCCUACACCGACGAUCUGUUUCUGUGCUCACCUACAGUCAAUGGGCUACAAGCAAUGCUUGAUAAACUCAUUGAUAUGACCAAGACAGCCGAACUAGAAGUGAACUCGAGCAAAACAAAAUGGAUGUCAAACAACCCUAAUGGACAGCAGCUUAGAGCCAACGGUGGAGUUGGUGUCAUCCUUCGUAUAUUUGGGCCAACUCUUAUGUUUCCCCCAAAAUCGUGGACAAGAAAAUCGAAGGAUCAGCGCUGCAUGGGGAAUCAGCAGAAAGGUCCGAGCUCUGUUGAGAAGCCGAAUGACACCAAUUAUGACUAA